AGUGACUUGCUGGAUGCUACAGCUCUGGUCAUAUUAGACUCAUUAAUAUUAAGACUUUGAGCUUGGAGAACUGUGCUAACAUAACAUAUCUCGUGUAUGUUGUUCUCUUUUAUCUGCUAUAUUAUACUUCCUUAGCUUUUCCAUAAACACAAGAAAAAAGGUCAGGUUUCUAGUUAUGCUUUUCUUUUUCCACUACCAUUAUUCUCCUCCUUUUCCUGUUCAGCUUCAACACAAUUUCAGGAUCCUGUUCUUCCUCUCAUGAUGCCACAAUCUGUUUUAUUUUAUCAAAAUAUCACUAGUUUUCCGCAGACACUCUAGUUGGUACUUGUUUUGUCUAGAUAUGCUCUUUAUUGUUGUGGGAGCAGCUCACCUGUUCUUUCUCCUCCUUUGUCUGUCCUUUUUCUUGUAAUUUUGUUAGAUGUUGUCUCUGUGAGAAGUGAAUUGUCUAUGAAAAUCAUAAUGCAAAUUGUGAAGAACUAGAGUUCAGGCCAAGUUACCACCUUUUGUUUGGUGUUUCUUUUUUAUCAAUUUUGCUUCAUCCAUCUUAUCCUGUGCUUCUUUGACUCAAUUACCUCAUGAGGAACUUCAAGGCUUUUAGUCAUGCCAUAAUUGGUCUCUUCAUUAUCUCUAUGAGUGCAAGGUGUUGUGGACAAGUGGAACUUGACACAGCUCCAAUGAAGAAGGCUGAGAGGGAUGCUCUAUACUCCACCAUUCAAGGCUUUGUUGGUGAUUGGUGGAAUGGCUCAGAUCUCUAUCCAGAUCCUUGUGGUUGGACUCCUAUUCAGGGGGUCUCUUGUGAUCUGUUUAAUGGAUUUUGGUAUGUUACUGUCUUGAACAUUGGACCAAUCCACGACAAUUCUCUAAGUUGUGGCAAAAUUUUGGCAUUCAGGCCACAGUUGUUUGAACUGAAGCACCUUAAAGCUAUAUCCUUUUUCAAAUGCUUUGAACCACAACACAAGCAUCCAGUUACCAUCCCCAAUGCAAACUGGGAAAAACUGGCUGACAGUUUAGAAUCACUUGAAUUUAGAUCAAACAAAGGUCUCAUUGGAAAAAUUCCCUCAAGUUUUGGUGUCCUCAGGAACCUUCAGUCACUAGUACUAUUAGACAAUGGCUUAACGGGCGAAAUUCCACCAGAUAUUGGCAACCUCAACAAGUUGAAGAGGCUUGUUCUUGCUGGUAACUAUUUAACUGGACACAUUCCAGAUAUUUUUACUUCACUAGGUGAGUUACUAAUACUUGAUUUAAGUAGAAAUUCACUAUCUGGUACUUUACCUUUGACUCUUGGGAGGCUAACUUCCCUUUUGAAGCUUGAUGCGAGUCAUAACAACUUGGAGGGGAAUCUCCUUAAAGAAUUUGCUUAUCUUAAGAAUCUGACCCUUAUGGACCUUAGGAGUAACAGAUUCUCUGGAGGGUUGACCUUAAGUAUUCAAGAGAUGUAUUCUUUAGAGGAAAUGGUUCUGUCCAACAACGCAAUAGGUGGAGAUAUCAGGUCUCUAAAGUGGCAAAACCUUCAUAACCUGGUAAUUUUGGAUCUCUCUAACAUGUGGUUGGCAGGGGAAAUUCCUGAGUCUAUAUCAGAAUUGAAGAGGUUGAGAUUUUUAGGCCUUAGUGACAACAACAUAACAGGCAAACUUUCACCAAAACUAUCAACUCUUCCUUGUCUGAGUGCACUAUAUGUUAGUGGCAACAAUCUAGCAGGAGAGCUUAAAUUCUCUAUGGAGUUUUAUGGAAAAAUGGGAACACGUUUUGGGGCCUGGAACAACCCCAGCCUUUGCUACCCUGUUGAAGUAAUGUCCACAAGUCAUGUUCCAUUUGGGGUAAAACCAUGCCAGCAAGAGAUCAAAUUGCAAAAAUCUAAUACAACUUUUGAAGGGGAUGUGAACAAGACUUAUCAUUCCAUUUCCACCACACCCUCUUCAGGAUUUAUGAGUCAUGCCCCUAAUGGUUUCUGCUGCACUUUUCUCUUCAUCAUGGUUCUCUUGAAUUCUUAUGUAGGUCUUUAAUCAAGAAGAGAGUACUUUUUAGGGGUAUCAAUCAAUUACAGCGACAUGUAUUGUUCUUUUGUGUUUUGUUCUGACAUAAGGUGGCAGUCUUUUUUCAAUUUGUUAGUUGUCCUUAUCUUAACAUGUUUCAGCUGAAUUAAUCUGUCUAUUUAAUGUUUGUAUAUAAUUACAUUAAGGGUUGCGCAAAUUUUUUAUUA